UCCCCAAGCAGAACGGAAGCCAUUCAAGUACCUCCGUGUGUCAAGGCCCGUGGCGAUAUAUCCCCGAUCACUAAGUAAAAAAAUGUCCGAAACAGACGAGCUUGCCCAGAAACUGAUGAGAAGAAACAAUAUCAAUGAUGGAAUAGAAGAAGGGUCAUUGCCCUCGGCACGUGUCUUUAAUCCGUACACCGAGUUUAAAGAGUUCUCUCGGAAGCAAAUCAAAGAUUUCGAAGCGACAUUUAAAAAGUACGAUGUGAACGAGGACAAGUUUAUCGAUUUGAUGGAGUUGAAGCGGAUGAUGGAGAAGCUGGGUGCACCCCAGACCCACGUCUCCCUGAAGAACAUGAUAAACGAGGUGGAUGAGGACAACGACUCCAAGAUCAGCUUCAGAGAAUUCCUGCUGAUAUUCCGCAAAGCUGCUGCUGGGGAGCUUGCUGAGGACAGCGGUCUGUACGAGCUGUAUGCCAACAUAUCCGAGAUUGACGUUGACGAGACAGGAGUCAGAGGGGCCAAGGACUUCUUCGAAGCAAAGAUCAAGACACAAACUAUUCAGAGCAAAUUUGAGGAUGAGAUUCGUCAAGAGCAGGAGGAUAAGAAACGUGAAGCUGAGGAAGCUAAAGAAAGAAGACAAGCGUUUAAGGCAAAAAGGGAAGUGUUUGGUCAGCAGUAAGGGAGGUCACUCCCGUACGACCAGAGGAAAACGAAUGGGGAGACAACUCUCAUUUUAUGUCCUGGAAAUAUAGAAUAAGGGAGUUAACUCUCACAUAGAAUGUAGUUGUAUUUCCAAAAUAACAUUCAAGAAUUAAUUAUUGGUUGGUGUUAGGAUAUUUGAAAUAAGAAAGUAAGAAAGUAUUUUGAGAUGUAAUUGGCUUAAAUGUUUGACGGGACAUGUGGAUGUUUGUACAGGUUUGUAGUUCUAAUGUCUUGGUGACAUUAGUAAGAUAUUUUGCCAUUUUGAUCUUGUUGAAUAACUGCAAAAGAGGAUUGUACAGUUGAAUGUUUAAAACUUUGUUCAGUGUUCUUAAAUGGUGAUAUAGCAAUGGAACGUUUUACCUUGCUGUUGUGUAAUAUUUUGAGGCAGUGAUAGUGCAUACGAUAAUAAUUGUCAUGAAAUCAUAUAGAAGUGUCAUAAUACAUAUUCUAUGCUCAAUACACUGUUUGUAUGAUUUCAAGAUGGAAACUGAAUUUGAAAUAAGAAAACAACAUAUCCUGCAAGACAUAAGCUUAUAUUAGAUAAUUUAUCACGAGCAAAUAUAAGAAGGUUAUAUUGUAUUAUACAUCAUAUAUUAUUCUGAGGGAAACAUGUAAAAAACAUAUUUCUCAUUUACACUUUGUUCAUUUAGAACAAACAAGAAGUAUAAAAAAUGGAUCAAGGUUUUGAUUUCAUGUUCACAGUUUAUAUUAAUUUAUAUUAAUUCGAUCUGAAUAUAUUUUGCUGACAAGUAUUGAUGAUACGAGAAAUAUUGUGUAAUGUAUAUUGAUUUAUCAAACAUUAGUCAUUCCAUUGCCACAACGUCCUCAGUUAUUAAUUAAUUUUGUAUUAUUAUAUUUUUUAUUAUGCUAAUCAUUGGUGAUCAUUCUAAGGUGCUUUGUUUUAUAGAUCUGAUUACAGUAUUAAUGUUUAUUGGCGUAAUACUUUACAGGGUCUGUUAAUUGUUUAUCAUAAAAUUAUACUUAGGCCAUACUUUUUUAUCUUAUUGUUUACAGACUUCUUCUGACAAAUUAAAAUGAUUUGUAUUAUUUUUGGUGAGGUGGUAUGGUGUAGUUCAGCCAAGCUUCAUGUUAAAACCAGUAUUCACCUCCAUUGAUGAAGAGUAGACCGAGGUGAGAUGAAAUGGGUUUUAAUGUGGUGUUCAAGAUUAUUGCAUUUAUAUCAUGUAUAUAGUCUGUCUGUCUCUCGGGGGCACAGGUGGCCCAGUCGUCUGAGGCGCCGUGA